AUGAUAGGAGGGAAUGCUGACGGGGGAUGGGGAUCGGAACAGUCUCACAAAACCUUCCGCACGAAGCAGAAGCUCGCGAAAGCGCAGAAGCAGAACCGCCCGAUUCCGCAGUGGAUUCGUUUGAGGACGGGGAAUACCAUCAGAUACAACGCGAAGAGGAGACAUUGGCGCAAGACUCGCAUCGGCAUCUAG